AUUUGAGUGCCGUUCUUUCACUAUUUUAUACCUUUCUACUUGAUUAUUAUACCUAUCACGGAUCUAGAAAAGCUACAAUAUGAAUAUUUUUGCUAAACAGCUCCAACACACUGUGUCCAGGUUCACCAGAUCGUUCACGCUAUCCAACGCGGGGAACACGGACGCCAAGGUGAAGCGAACAUUCAAGGCGUCCAACAUUCCUUCCUUGGAUGAAUUUAUAUUCCAGAAAAAAGUCCGCAAGUUGUAUAGACGAAUCGUUCGUACCGCUCUCAAAAGCCCCGACCGUACCACUGGCAGGGAGCUCAUCCACUUUGCCCGCGACGAAUUCCGACACACCAAGCACGUCACCGACAUGGACCAGCGGAAAUACAUGUUGAGCAUGGGCAUGAAUCAGUUCAGGGAUGUUGCAAAGAUCAUGGGGUUAGCAGUGAACGAUUUUACGGAGUUUAACGUGGACAUGGUUGAUAAAUAAGUCGGGUGAGAACGGUAAGGGUUUAGCGAAAUCCGUAUCGCAAAUGUGCUUCACGGAUGAUGGAAAUGGCUAACCACCUUUUUGUCUAAAUACCCAUCACAGUGAGCUUGAAAGCCCCAGGGACUAUGUCUUGGGAUAGAGACUAUGUCGUAGGUUCCUCCAGGCUAAAACGAAACUAGCGUGUAGCAUGGAUAUUGGCAUCGACCUAUUUGAUUUCGCUUUAUCUCGUUCAACUAGUUUGGGAUUGGCAUGUAGAUUGUUACCUAUAAUUAAUAAAAAUUAUACAUUUAUUCAUUU